CGCUAUAUAAUCCUCACAAACAAGACAUCUCACCCCUUCUCUUUCUCUCUCUAAAACCUCUCUCUCUAAAACAUAUGUUAGAAACAUAUUUGUUCCAAUCGGUUUGUAACUGAAUUUGCAUUUGCUAAUCCAAUAAGAACCACAACAAUUGAAAGAACAAAGAAAAAAGGUUGUGGGGAGGCAUAAUCUGCUUUCUGUUCUUAUUCAUUAUUGUGCCUCCCCUCUCACUCAGAUCUUAGUUUUCUGUAAGAUUUGGCAUCUGGGUUUUGCUUCAACCGGUUUGGUUAAUUCUGGGUGCGUUAAUUGAUCGAUGAACGAUCCGAUGUUUUUGAAUUGAAUCCAAUAGUAUUGAUUAUUUUGUUGGAGUGAGAGUUGGUGGCUUGUAAUAAAUAUACAAAUAAGAAAAAUGCAAUCUGAUAGUGGCAAGUUAUUUAUUGGUGGGAUAUCUUGGGACACAAAUGAAGAGCGUCUCAAGGAGUAUUUUAGUUCAUAUGGUGAGGUGGUAGAAGCUGUUAUUAUGAAGGAUCGGACCACAGGUCGUGCUCGAGGUUUUGGCUUUGUUGUUUUUGCCGACCCGACUGUUGCGGAUAGAGUCAUAAAGGAGAAGCACAACAUAGAUGGAAGGAUGGUUGAGGCAAAAAAGGCUGUUCCUAGGGAUGACCAAAACAUUUUGAGUAGAAGCAGUGGUAGCAUCCAUGGCUCUCCAGGUCCUGGCCGCACUAGAAAGAUAUUUGUUGGAGGUUUAGCAUCCACAGUCACAGAGAGUGACUUCAAGAAGUAUUUUGAUCAGUUUGGCACAAUCACUGAUGUUGUGGUGAUGUAUGAUCACAACACCCAGAGGCCUAGAGGCUUUGGAUUUAUCACUUAUGAUUCAGAGGAAGCAGUGGACAAGGUUUUGAUCAAGAGUUUUCAUGAACUAAAUGGUAAAAUGGUUGAGGUCAAGCGUGCAGUUCCCAAAGAGUUAUCACCUGGUCCCAGUCGCAGCCCACUUGGUAACUACUAUGGUCUGAAUAGGGUCAAUAACUUACUUAAUGGCUACCCUCAAGGAUAUACUCCAACUACAGUUGGAGGAUAUGGACUUAGGAUGGAUGGUAGAUUCAGUCCAGUUGGUGGUGGCCGAAGUGGUGGUUUUCCUCCAUUUGGUUCUGGUUAUGGAAUGGGUGUGAAUUUUGAGCCAGGGUUGAGCCCAGGUUUUGGGGGGAGUGCAAAUUUUAGUAGUAAUCUCAGCUAUGGACGGGGAUUGAACCCUUAUUAUGGUAAUUCAAAUAGGUUUACUAGUCCACUUGCAUAUGAUGGUGGUAAUGGAGGAAGCACUUCCUUUUUCAGCUCUAUGACUCGGAAUCUGUGGGGGAGUGGGGGGCUUAAUUAUGGCACAAGCUCUGCAAGUUCCAGUGCAUACCUGGGAUCAGGAAGUGGGAGCAUUGGGGGAAGCACAUUUGGUAAUGCUGGAGUAAAUUGGGGUUCUUUGGGAAUCUCUGCUCAAGGUGGAAGUAACAAUGCCCCUAACAAUAGUGGAAAUUUUGGUUAUGGAGGUGGUGAGGACAGUUAUGGCUUGGGAACGGGAGGGUAUGGAAGAAACAGUGGUACCAAUACGGCCCCAACAUCAUCUUAUGCUGCAUCAACAGGUGGUUUUGAUGGGGACUUUGCAGACUUCUAUAAUAGUGGUUCUGUAUACGGGGACACCACUUGGCGAUCAUCAAAUGCUGAACGAGAUGGGUCUGGUCCCUUUGGUUAUGGACUUGGCAGUGCAGCUCCUGAUGUUUCUGCUAAAACUUCUCCUAGUUAUGUUGGUGGUUAUAGUGUUAAUAAGAGACAGUCAAAUAGAGGUUGAUGUCUCGAGUUGACAGCCCAUGCAUGAAAAUCCUUGACCCUGUCUUUGCACCGACCCUGCAACAUAUGCUUUUGAAGGAAUUGCUGCGUAGGAGGAUCAUUUGGAUUUCACAACAUUGUAGGUGAAGCAGGUGAAUUGUGAAUUUCACACACCUUCCUCGUUAAUAUAUUUCAGUUAAAACUUAAGGAAGUUCAGUUAUCUAGAUCUAACUGGAGUGCCUCUGUCGAAGAAUCAAAUUUAGAGAUAGAAGUUACAGGAAUUUUGUGUUAAGACUUGGGUUUUGAGUUACCAUUUUAGGUUUUUUGUUCUUGGUACUUGAGUGAGAUGUAAAAUCAGAUUGCGGGAUAUAGUCAGAAGUGUAUCAUGCAUCUCUGGUGAGGCGGCAAUACAUAAAAAGAUAGACAUGAUAUUUUUUUUGUUUUCGUAGAUUUUGAUAUGGUAUCUCUGGCAAAGUUGUGGGUUCUGGUCAGGGAUGCUUUGUUUUCUCUUUGUUUCCAUCAUUUUGGUUUGUUUUUGGGCAGAUUGUACCGAGGCUUUUGUUGUUUUCCUAGUGUGAAACAUUAAGGGAUACCUAUCUUGGAAUCCCAUGAAUAAGUUACUACAGAUGCCGAUUCUUUUUCCAUGAGAAUAUUUUAUGCAACAAGUUCGAACUCUUCUUUGGUC